AUGCUCCCGGCGUCUUCCCCUUCGUCGCCCGUCUCGUCGGAGCGCGAGUCCGCCCCCGGGACGCCUCCCCAGAGGCGAGGGCGAGCGGCCUUCCAGAAGCUUCACGUCCACGCCGCCUCCAGCACGUCAAGCUUCAUCGAAAGGGUAUGCAAACGCAUAGGAAGCGCAGCGGAGCUGUGUGGAGCGGCAGCCUUCCCCAAACGAGCUCUGAUGUGCGGGUUGCCCCCCAAAUUCACUGUACGAAAAUACAGGUUUGCGGAAGAGCAAGAGGAGCACGAAAGAGAACAUCCGAAACCAGAGCUGGUGGUGCUUAUUCCUGAGGUUCUUGACCCCCAGUAUGGAAUGUAUGUUUGGCCUUGUGCGGUGGUUCUGGCCCAGUAUGUAUGGUUUCACAGAAGAUUAGUCCGUGACAAGAGAAUUUUGGAGCUUGGAGCAGGCGUGAGUCUUCCUGGAAUAGUGGCAGCAAAAUGUGGAGCUGAAAUUAUACUGUCAGAUAAUGCAGCGCUGCCUCAGUGUCUGGACAACUGUCGUCGAAGCUGUGAGAUGAAUAAUCUCUCUGGGGUAUUUGUAACAGGACUCACCUGGGGUCAGGUAUCACCUGCCCUAUUGGCCUUGCCUCCAGUAGACAUUAUUUUGGCAUCAGAUGUGUUUUUUGAACCAGAAGACUUUGAAGAUGUGAUAAGUACUGUGCACUACUUAAUGGAAAAGAAUCCACAUGCUCAAUUCUGGACUACUUAUCAAGUUAGAAGUGCUGAUUGGUCUAUCCAAGAAUUACUCUUCAAAUGGGAAAUGGAAAGCAGCUGUGUGCCACUACAGUCAUUUGAGGCCAACAAGGAACAACUUGCACUCUCUCUUCUUCCAGGAAGACACACUAUUGAAAUGAUGGUUAUUACUAAAGUCACCAUGUCUCACACUGUAACAGUUUGAUAA